CUCACAAGCUCUCCUUUCGUAGAUACUAACAAGUUAGGUCUUCUUCAGUCUGGUCUUUGCCGUUAUCACAGCGUGGAGGCGUACGACAGUGGUAGUUCAACAGAUAUUGUAGCCUACUGACUGUUUCUUUUUCUAAAUAAGACGUCACUUCAAUAACGGUGGACCUAGGGAAUUUGCAUAUCUGUUAUAACACGCAGUCCUUCCUCCGAGGCCUGCUGCAUUCAGCUUGUGCUAUCCUGUGACACAAGACUAGGUCUUUUAUUUCUGCGGAGAUAAGGGGACAGGAGGAGAGGAGGCAGAGAUGCCAAAACCGAUCAAUGUCAGGGUUACUACGAUGGAUGCGGAGCUGGAGUUUGCCAUCCAGCCAAACACCACAGGCAAACAGCUCUUCGAUCAGGUUGUGAAGACAGUGGGUCUACGUGAAGUCUGGUUCUUCGGCCUGCAGUAUGUCGACAGCAAAGGCUACACCACAUGGUUGAAGCUCAACAAAAAGGUGACCCAGCAAGAUGUGAAGAAGGAAAACCCACUCCAGUUCAAGUUCAGAGCAAAGUUCUUUCCAGAGGAUGUGUCCGAGGAGCUGAUCCAGGAAAUCACACAGCGCCUGUUCUUCCUGCAGGUGAAGGAGGCCAUCUUGAAUGAUGAGAAUUACUGUCCUCCUGAGACCGCCGUCCUCCUAGCCUCCUAUGCAGUCCAGGCCAAGUACACCGACUACAACAAAGACAUCCACAAGCCUGGCUACCUCAGCAACGACCGCCUGCUGCCUCAGAGAGUUCUUGAGCAGCACAAGCUCACUAAGGAGCAGUGGGAGGACCGGAUACAGACCUGGCACGAGGAGCACAGAGGCAUGCUCAGAGAGGAUUCGAUGAUGGAGUACUUGAAGAUCGCACAGGACCUGGAGAUGUAUGGGGUGAACUAUUUUGAGAUCAAGAACAAGAAAGGAACAGAGCUGUGGUUGGGCGUGGACGCGCUCGGCCUCAACAUCUACGAGCACGAAGACAAACUAACACCAAAAAUUGGCUUUCCUUGGAGUGAAAUCAGAAACAUCUCAUUCAAUGACAAAAAGUUUGUCAUCAAGCCGAUCGACAAGAAAGCUCCGGACUUUGUGUUCUAUGCUCCACGGUUGAGGAUCAACAAGCGCAUCCUGGCACUAUGCAUGGGCAACCACGAGCUUUACAUGAGGAGGAGGAAGCCAGAUACCAUCGAGGUCCAGCAGAUGAAGGCUCAGGCCAGAGAGGAGAAGCACCAGAAACAGAUGGAGAGGGCCCAACUGGAGAACGAGAAGAAGAAACGCGAGUAUGCAGAGAAGGAGAAGGACAGGAUUGAGAGGGAGAAGGACGAGCUCAUCGAGAGACUGCGACAGAUCGAGGAGCAGACGUUAACAGCACAGAAAGAACUGGAGGAACAGACGCGCAAGGCUCUCGAGCUGGACCAGGAGAGGAAGCGGGCGAAGGAGGAGGCCGAGAGGCUGGAGAGGGAGAGGCAGACCGCUGAGGAGGCCCGCGCAACACUUGCCAAACAAGCUGCAGACCAGAUGAAGAACCAGGAACAGCUGGCCGCAGAGCUGGGAGAGUUCACCGCCAAAAUCGCCCUGCUUGAGGAGGCCAAGAGGAAAAAAGAAGAGGAGGCCUCAGAGUGGCAGCACAAAGCCAUCUCCGCACAGGAGGACCUUGAGAAGACUAAGGAAGAGCUAAAGACGGUGAUGACCGCUCCUGCGGCGGGCGCUGGGGAGAACGAGCACGACGAGCAGGACGAGAACAGCGCCGAAGCCAGCGCUGACCUCUCCAGCGACGGAGUCAACGACCACCGCAGUGAGGAGCAACGCGUCACUGAGGCACAGAAGAAUGAGCGCGUCAAGAAACAACUGCAGGCUUUGAGCUCAGAGUUGGCCCAGGCACGGGACGACACCAAGAAGACGCAGAACGACAUGCUGCAUGCAGAAAAUGUGAAAGCUGGUCGGGACAAGUACAAGACCUUGCGUCAGAUCCGAUCGGGAAACACCAAGCAGCGCAUCGACGAGUUCGAGUCCAUGUGAGGGCGAGAGGGGAACGCAGAAGCCUGACAGCCCGUUGCCUUGGAGGCUGAUCUCAAGCCCCCAGUCCAUCCUGCUUUAUACCCCCUUCUUAAGCCACCAAACCCUUCUGAAACCCCCUUCCUGAACCCACCUACCCCCAAACCCAACCCCACUCCCGUCCCCUGACCCGUUUCUGACAAGCGUACCCGUACCCUGCAGAGAGGCCAGAGGGGGCUGCUUCGUCCCCCUCAUGCUAUGCCAAAGCUCUCUCCGGCCAGCCAGUCAGGGCUGCUUCGUGUGUCCAGCUCCUUCUGCCCACCCCUGUAUGAAACCUUUUCAAUCAGGAGCAAGUGACGUAUCAUAUUGUUAUGAACUGCUUUGGAAUUGUUUUGGCUUUUGUUUUCACUUUGUUUUAGGCGAUUAAGGAUAACUCAAGAUGCUCACAGUUCUAAUUUUAAGAAAAAGUGAAAAGAAAAGAAGGAAAUAAAGAACAAACAUGCUUUUAUCUAAAUGGCCAUUUACAGCUUAACCUUUUUUUGUAUAUUUGUUUUUGUUUAGCUAGUUGUAUGCUAAAGCUUUACUUUCCCAAUGAAUACUUUCUUUUAAUCAUACCCACCCACCCCCAAAAAAACUUUAUUUUAUGAACCCCCAAGCUUUUAGUUACUCCAGCUCUGUCGCCCUGACAUCUGGAUGGUCUCUAUACAAGGGUCAGGCCUUCUUGUGAGGGUGUUAUUAGCAACUGUUGCUACCAUGGCGGUCAUGACUGAUCCGAUGACCACCUGAUUGUGACGUAAAGAAAAAAAGGUAUACAUUACCCCUCUCUCCUCCUCCACCACCUAUCCCGUCCACCUUUUGGUCCCGUUCUUGGGUGCACCAGUGUGUGGACAGAGCCAUGGAGUCAUCAAAAGGUUGUGUGUGUAACUGUAUGCAUGUGCUUUUGUAUGAGGUCUGAAUGUGAAAUGAAAUGUAACCAAAAUCAAAGGAUCACCAAAGGGAAAUAAUGACUUCACUGACAGCUUAAAGGAUUGGGGAGGUUGCCGACGUUAAUAAUGUCAUGUAACCUGUAGACUGGAAUGGGACUGAUGGAAACUGAACUCCUGGUUUAGAUGUUUCUCUAUAGAGCACCACUUGGGUAAGCUAACGUUAAAGAGCGUUGUAAGCUCUGAGAAUGUGCUGGCCACGCGUGGCCGUUAUUGUGACGUAUGGGGGUAUGGCUUGUUUAGUACGAGCCAUCAGAUACAUGAAAGCACAUCCUCCUGACACACUCCUCCCUCUCUAACCUUCACUCCUCAUUUCUCUGCCCCUUCUCUGGCCGCUUGCUCCAGUGUUUGAUGCCCAGUUGUCAUAUAGAUGGUUUUCCCUGCCUACUGGCUCACAAAGGUUCAGCAGUAACAGACGGACAGACAGACAUUAUGUCAGACGCACUGGAGCCCUUGCUAGUCAGUCUGUACGUCUGUACAGUGUGUUGUGUGUUGGAAGACUGCACCCAUGGUAUACUUGAUGUUACGCAUUGGAUGAAGUCUCAAUGUACAUCAUUGGGUGAUUAUGUCAAAUCUGUGGGAGUGUUGUUGAGAGUGAACAGAAUGUAUGUGUGCGUGUGCGCUUACUGUUGAAGGGAGAUCAAGAUGUUCAUAUGUUGACAUCAUUUUGUGUGUGUGUGUGUGUGUGUGUGUGUGUGUGUGUGUGUGUGUGUGUGUGUGUGUGUGUGUGUGUGUGUGUGUGUGUGUGUGUGUGUACUUGUGGAUGUCACAACUCUGGGCCUUUCUGACCAGAGAGCAUAUGAAAACAUCAGUCCUGAUUAAAGGACAGCUCUCUACCUCAUAAUUGCACUCAUGGCAACUGGCCAAUCAAACACUGGGUGAGAACAGCCAUCCAACCCUCACUCUGUGUACCUGUGCAGUGUCCCAUUCUGCUUGCUUAGUCCUCUUAUUCACAUGGGUCCCAACCUACUAGCCUGUUAUACUGACAGAUAUAGUGAGAUAUAAUUCCCGUAAGAGGUCCAUGAUGCAGCGACGUAUAGUGUCACUCUUGGAAUGAGUUGAUGAGGUUGGAUGGUAUGAAAAGACUUGUUGCCCUUGAUGCGGUGUAUGUACUUGGGGAGAUGUUUUACCUGAUUGUGCGGAUCAGCCUAGUAUUAUCCGUAGAAACUUGUACCCCUUUUUUCCCCGGUGGAAUAGUGGAUGUGCUCGAGGGUUGCUCCCAUCCAGGUUUAGGUUUGUAUUAAAACGUCUGCGUUUGCUCUCAGUUGGUGUGUGCGGUACCUGCAGUGCCACAGAACAACUGGAAGAAUGUAUCCUUGUAAAACUCAGCAAAGCUGAUAUAUUUUUCUGUGAAUGUGAUCCAGUCUUGGGAAACGUGGGUCAUUACAGCUUUGUGGAGAUGGUUGCACUUUGGGAAACUGUGUGUGAGGGAAAGAGUGACUGUGUGUGUGCGUGCAUGAGAUCAUUUUGUAGAAAAAAAGAAAAAGAAAGAAAAAAAUGAGAGACUCAGUUAUGGUGCUGAAACAGGAGAGAAAAUGACUCUGGUUUUGUUCUUGCAAAAUCUGUACGGAUAUAUAUAUAUGUGUGUGUAUAUAUUCCCAGUUUUCCAAAUCACCAGUGAGAACAAUUGUUUUAGACUAUGAAAGGACAGGCCCUUUAUCCUUUGUUUAAUGCAGCCUCUACUCCCUAUCCUUUUCUCACCACAACACAAAUAUUUGACUCCCCUGCUCCCCCUAGGGUUUUGAGUGUGCAACAACAAGUUGAAACUUUAGUAGUCAACGCAUUGAACUGUAGUAGUUGAGUGAACGUUGCAUUUAUGCUCUUGUUUCUGUUUGGAGGUAAACAGUGUCUGACAUACUGAUACUUGGUUUAAUUAAAUAUUUUGCAGUUGGGAUAAAUUAUUUUCCCCCUCCCCUCCAUUUUAAUUAUGUCCCUAUCCACACACCCUAGAAAAUUGUAGCAGGAGCAUUUUGAAAUAAAACAAAUUUUUAUUUUGUAUUUGCAAUCAUGUCUGUUUUCAUUGUCUGUUGUUUGUAUGCAUCCGCAGACAGCUAGGUCACGUAGAGUUUGUAAGCACUUGUUUGGGUUAAGGAUACUAAACUGGGCUUACAAUUUGUAAGCCUGUCUUUUGGUUUCAUGGACACUUGUCUGUGUAAAAGGGUUGUUUUGCCAUAGUGUGAAAAAGAAGUUGAUUUUUAAAAAAAAGUGCUUCCAGCUGAAUUUUUUUGCUAUGCUUUUUGAAAUUGAACCACCAGCAUUAGCAUGCUCGUUAUUUAACGGAUGUUUCACCCAAAUUCACAAAGUUCUUAAACAUUUGCAAUUUUAAUGAGUUCCAGAGUUAUGGUCAAAACGUUUUGGCAGUGUUCUGUCAGAAGUAUUAGUGUCGUUUUCCCGGGUAUAUGUUUAAAGAGUUGUUGCAUUUGGUUGAAUCAUCCCCUUUUAAAGUGUAAAAUGUGCUACUUACAGGCCACAGUGGCAUGAAGCUGUUGGAUUUGUGUUGAAUGUUUUGUUUGUAAUAGUUGAAUUUAUUUGGUUAUAUGUACCCGGGUGGUCAGGGAAGCCUCCCAGUGAAAACUCCCCCCGGGUCAAACUCUCCCUGCAGGAACCAGCUGUCAUUGUUUGCUGUUUGUUUAUACUUUCAAUUAUUAUUAUUAUUAUUAUUGUUCAUAUAGCUUUCUGUGACAGACCAAUAACACACUAUGGAGCAUUUAUCCAUUACUACACAACACUACACUAACAAUAAAGAUUAAAGAUGUAGUUUUUGCUUUA